GAAACAGGGAUGGUCACUGUCAUUCCUACCUUCUCACUAGCGGUAUUGUUAUCUGCGGGUAUCUUGUGGGAAUACUCAAUGUAUGGUUCUAUCGAAACUCUGGAGGUCUUUAUUCCUGACCUUCGGUCACCAGGCUAUAUUUACUGUCAACGCUGUAUAUUCCUAGUCCUCUACAAAUUCUCACAUCCAUUAAUU